AUGGCCAACUUCCAGCUAUUUACAUCCCUUCGAUACGACCCUGGCUUGGUAGGCGUACCCAAAAGGCGCCUAGCCAACGCAGGUUGGAACGCCAAAAUGACCUCACCUUUCUACAUGCUUGAUCUGCACCGGGAUCGGAUGCUGCGGCCUGCCACCUUUUGGAACUGGACCCCUGCCAUCGAGACCAUCUCGGGAUCGGACGGCCUCCAAAGAUUGACUGAGGCGAUUGAGACUUUCUUGACUCGGCAUGGCAGAGAGAAACCGCUGCGAGUCAAGGUCUUACUCGAUUCAGAAGGACAUCUCAGCUGCGAGGCAUCACAGGUCCCAGCGGUACCGCUUGAGAACCUCUUCCCCGAACGGCUUCCCCCUCCAGGCAACUCGAAAGAUGCGGGGUAUCCUUUGGAAGAAAAUCCCAUGACAGUAGUGAUCGAUAACACAAAGACUGCGCAAUCCGAGUACACGCACUACAAGACUACAGAGAGAACUAUGUACGACACAGCCCGAAGUCGAGCGAGUAUCAGUCUGGCAGAUCGCAAGGAGGUCCUUCUCGUAAACUCGAAAGACGGAUCUGUCAUGGAGGGUAGCCUGACAACCCCGUUCUUCUGGAGAGACGGCAGAUGGGUCACCCCGCCGGUAGCUACUAAGUAUAGUCCCGAAGGUGGGAGCGGUGGCCAAGACGGGACCACCCGUAGAUGGGCACUUGAGCGUGGGUUGGCCGUGGAAGAAGAAGUCAAAGUCGACAGCCUCGCUGAAGGGGAGCCAUGCUGGAUUAGCAAUGGUGUCCGUGGCUUCACUUUUGGGAUCAUCAAGUUCAAUGUUGCCUAA